CAGUAAGUGAACUUGCAACCAGAGGGACUAUGGUGGGUGUAAUUUCUGCUGCAGCCAUCAAUCAGAGCAUUGUAUACUCCAUUGUUGCAGGAAAUGAAGAGGAUAAGUUUGGAAUCAAUAACAUCACAGGAGUAAUCUACGUGAAUGCCCCUCUGGAUUAUGAAACAAGGACAAGCUAUGUACUUCGAGUUCAAGCUGAUUCCCUGGAAGUGGUCCUCGCCAAUCUCCGAGUUCCUUCAAAAAGCAAUACAGCUAAAGUGUAUAUUGAGAUUCAGGAUGAAAAUGAUCAUCCCCCAGUGUUUCAGAAAAAAUUCUACAUUGGAGGUGUGUCUGAAGAUGCAAGGAUGUUUGCUUCUGUGUUAAGAGUUAAGGCGACUGAUAAAGAUACUGGCAAUUAUAGCGCCAUGGCAUACAGACUCAUAAUACCACCAAUUAAAGAAGGGAAGGAAGGAUUCGUGGUGGAGACAUACACAGGGCUUAUCAAAACGGCUAUGCUCUUCCAUAACAUGAGGCGGUCUUACUUUAAGUUUCAAGUCAUCGCAACUGACAAUUAUGGGAAGGGACUAAGUGGCAAAGCAGAUGUUCUGGUCUCCGUGGUCAAUCAGCUGGAUAUGCAAGUCAUUGUUUCUAAUGUGCCCCCUACUCUAGUGGAAAAAAGGAUAGAAGACCUUACAGAGUAA